AAACCCACCAAAGUGACCAUCUCGUGUGAAAUCGGUCGACAGAUCAAGGUGCUCAAAAUUUUUCGAAUAUUUCGUAUUCUAAGCGCGCGCGAAUUCCGCAUAACAAAGUCUAUCAUUUAGUAAUCGAUCAGCCGGUAACGUCAAAUUGUACAAAACUCGUGUGUCGUGUCGUGAAAUGUGCCGCGAACCCCCGAAUUGUUUGUCGUUCUCGAUGAAGUCUCGCGUGACGAUAGCCGCCGAAUCGCAGCAGCUCCAGAAGCAGCAAUUCUAGCUCCACCGCAACCUUCAAUGCAGCCGCAUUCUUCACUGCCCUGGCUUGAAGUGAAUUCUGUGGCUCCCAACAGCAACAAUAACAACAAUUGCCGAUUGCGACAAUUUCCACGCUGCCAUCGCUUUCGGAGUGAACUGACGACGCGUCGAGUGCCAUGGAUAUUUGCCUCGCGACCGCGACGAUCACAACAGCUUGAUGACGACGGAGUGUCGUGAACACUCGAUCGGGAAAUGUGACUGGGCCGCGGAGAUCCUCCAGUUUCAGUGACGGGAACCCUCGCGACCUUAUAAAUUGUGUGUACCCUUGUGCCUGCUCGCUUGGCGUGGUGUCAGUGUGUGCCAGUGAGCAUAACGACUACCAACCCUUUGCAACGAUUCCGAGACGUACUUGCAGACGACUCAGUGUGCCCCGUUGGGAAGAUUCCGUGGAUAAAGCCUGUCGUGCAGCCGCGAAUACCUGGACUAAUCGGUGUGCCGUCCGUGCCGGAAGUAAACGACCCGUGCAAGUGUUUGGAAUGGUCUGAAUUGAAGUGGAAAGAAGCGAAAGCAGAGAAGCUAGUUUGCAGUGUGCAGUGGCAAUUUGCCGCCAAGUGUUUAGUGUCAGAGAAAUUGUGUUGAGAAGUUGAGUUCGCUUCGAGUUGAUUGAGACACGGAUACUCCCCCAGCAAAUUGGAUUAAUCGCAAUCAAAACAAAUGGAUAAAACCAAGGAUAAACCGAAUAUCAUCGCAUCAGCUCCAAAGCCCAAGGAGAAAAGAAGGAGCAAUGAAAAACGCAAGGAAAAAUCCCGAGAUGCGGCUAGAUGUCGUCGCUCGCGUGAAACAGAAAUUUUCACGGAAUUGGGACAAGUUCUACCAUUGCAACGCGAAGAAGUCGAACAACUUGAUAAGGCUUCAAUAAUGCGUCUAUCCAUUGCGUAUUUGAAAAUACGUGACAUGCUCAAUUUGUUUCCAAAUGUUAAUAUUCACGAUCAAACGCUGCUGCCCAGCGAAGAUGAUAGAAACGAAGAGUUCGAAAGGAAACCAUUUGAUUUACUGAACGGUCCUGAAUCAUACAAAUACCUAGCAUCAGCUCUUGACGGAUUCUUGUUGAUACUAUCAGGCGAAGGCGAUGUUACCUAUGUAUCUGAAAGUAUCUCCGAUUAUUUGGGCAUAUCACAGAUCGAUCUUCUGGGACAACAAAUCUGGGAAUACACCCACCAGUGCGAUCAUGAUGAAUUGAAAGAAGCACUUAAUAUUCGUCGAAGCAACUUGGGCGAUGAAAAACCUAAAGAAGGUGCAUCGAAUGGCAAUGCAGGAAUUAACGGGGCAAUUGAUAAUAAUAAUACCCUAACAACUGCCCAUCGUGACAUCUUUCUACGUUUGAAAUGCACGCUAACAAGUCGUGGUCGAAGUGUUAAUAUAAAAAGUGCUUCAUAUAAGGUAAUUCAUGUGACUGGUCACAUGGUUAUGAAUACAUCCGGUGAUCGCACUUUAAUUGGAAUCGGUCGCCCAUUACCGCAUCCAUCUAACAUAGAAAUACCGCUGGGCUCGGCGACAUUUUUGACGAAACACUCACUAGACAUGAAGUUCACCUAUGUCGAUGACAAAAUGCUAUCGCUCCUUGGCUAUCAGCCAGAAGACCUGCUGGGCAAAUCGCUAUAUGACUGUCAUCAUGGUGCCGAUUCGGAAAGUCUCAUGACAACAUUCAAGAGUGUUCUAAGUAAGGGACAAGGUGAGACGUGCCGCUAUCGCUUCCUAGGAAAAUGCGGUGGAUACUGUUGGGUUGUGACCCAAGCCACCAUUGUAUACGACAAGCAGAAACCGCAGAGUGUUGUCUGCGUUAAUUAUGCAAUUAGUGAACUUGAAAACAACAAUGAAAUAUACUCAUGUGCACAAUUGGAAGCACAUCAUCAGAAUAAAGAGAUUUCAACAAAGGACGAACAGGAUAAUAUUCAACAGCAACAACGCCACCACGAAUCAUCACCAUCGAAAUACUAUUCGCCUGAAAAAUUGCAAAAUGCUGUUAACAUCAGAAAUGGUCCUUGUGCCCUUGAAGCUCGUUUAAAUCCAAGAAAAACAUUGUUGAAAUCACAACAGCCUCUCAUAAACAGUACUGGUGAGAAUCAACCAGUUGCUACAAAACGUUGUGAAGCUACUAUACAACCAGACAUUCGUAAUAAUAACAAUACUACCAAUAUCAGAAAACGUUUAGACGACAUAUCUCUAUCACCAGUACGUCGUAACUUCACCAACUGUUCAAUAUCACCUGGUGGUAAAACAUCACCGACUCCUUCACCAACACAAGACAAACGUCCAAAAUCAGUAACUGCAUCGGUUUUCACUCAAGUGCCAAUCAAUAACAAUACCGAACCUAUAACAAUUCAAAAUCAACAACCAUCACAACAACUAUCUGUAUCUAGUUCAGUUGGUAUUAACUUACCCAUUGCCCUGAACGUUGGCAAUCAACAACAAUCACAACUGAAUAAUCAUCAACAACCAGCUGCACCAACUAAAUCAGUUACAGCAUCAGUUCUAACACCAAUCAGUUCAUUAACAACACCAAUAAAUCGUGCAUUUUUACCGAACAACUUCUGUAAAAAUCAAUCAAGGAAUACAACAAAUAGUGUUAACAAUAAUAACAGUAAUAGCAACAAUACCACGGAAGAUAUGAACAGUAGAUAUUUGAUGUUUUCGGAGGAAUCACCAGAACUAACAAUGCUCAAAGAAGAACCCGACGAUUUAACGCAUUUGGCACCAUCUCUAGAUGACUCCACACAACUCUUCGGCGAAAUGCUCGACAGUCUUAUAUUACCGGAUGCAUAUGGGACACUCCUAUCUGAUGAUAUUAAUUCAUUAGAUUCCCAACAGAGUAAUUGCAACAAUAGCAAGAAUAACAAUAAUCAUCAUAUUGAUCCAUUUAUUAAUUACCGUGAUGAGUCGAGCGAUACGAGUAGUUCGCCGCAUUUAUUGUCGCCGGGUAGUGUGUCGAAGAGUCCUGAAAUGAGUAGCAUACCAUCACUUUGCAGUCCGAAUUCACUAAGUCAAGAUGACGAAUUCGCAUUUAUGACAAUGAAUGUCGAGGACGAUAUCGAUUUAACAAUGCGUGCUCCAUAUAUUCCAAUGAACGAGCAGGAGGACCUGCCGCUACUCACAGAUUUAAUGUGGAGCGCGUUCUCGGAGGAGCUAAGCUUGCACAAGGAGGCACUACAAAUGGAGGCAUUGAAGAAUAGUCAGAACAGUGCACUUAGCAAUAAUAGUAGCAACAACACAAGUAGUUCGAAUAGUUUAACAACAACAGCUUCAACCACAACGGUCAAUACUAGCAGUAGCAAUACUAGCAACCAUAACAGUAGCAGUAACAAGAAUAGCAUUAUCACGGUACAGGACACCAACAGUUUGAAUGAUAACGAAUCAAGUUUGGCGGCACUUUUGUGUGGUAGUGGUGGCGUUAGUUCGCUUCAGCAACACCAACAUCAUCAACAAUCCGACGUGGGAGAGAAUGAUUCAACAUCGUCAGGAAGUGCGACAGGAAAUGAUUGUAAACGACGUAAAAUCCUUUUGGAGAGAAAUGAUGAUGCUACAACCGAUCUAAUGGAUAGCAUCGAUGAUUUCAGCCCCGUUUUCAAUAAAAAUUCAUCAAAUGUAGGUUGUUGGACAAUGAAUGACUUACUGCAAAUGAAUGGUUCAGCUCCAUCAUCACCGAGGACCUCACUACAUCACCAACAGCCCGAAGAUCAUUCUGAAAAACAAAAUAUCAUAAUAAAUACAGCAAUACCGGCCACUGCUAUUCACGUGCCAUUAAUUACAAUUCAAAAUAAGAAUUCGAAUUCAAAAAUGAAUUGUAGUAGCAUCUUGACUAACUCAACGGCAACAACAACCAACACCACCGUAAAUAAUACCUCCAACAACAAUUCAACCAGCAAUAACUCUGUUACAAUGAGACGACUAUCGGCCACAUUGGUGAAAGGUAUAAAUAUCAAUUUAACACAAAGCAAUAACACCAACAACAAUUCCAAUCUCACAUCCGGAAAAUCAGUAGCGGCCAAUCUGAACAUUGGUGCAAUAAUCAAUACACAGAGCGCUAAUAGCAGUAGUAAACGUCCUUCGAAUAUUAUCCUGACUUCGUCAGAUACCAAGCGCCUAAAGAAUUCACCAAUGGUUGAGACACCAGCGUCACCGCAUCUUUUGCAACAAUUGAUGGCCCCAAGUCCGCAAAGGGCCGGAUCUAAGUCCUCUUACGAGAAAAUUCAUGGCCGAUGGAAUGGAGACAAUGAUGGCACUAACAGCACUGGUGUAAAUAGCAGUGGUAGGGGUAGUGUUGGUCACCAAUCAUCAACAUCAACGGCGUCACAGUCGCAACCCUCAAACUCGGUUCUGAAGAACCUUUUGGUCAGUGGAUGUGAUGAUGCAUUUCACCAGUUUUCUGAUGCCAUAAUCGAAGAGGAUCGUUUUUCGCGCUCAUUACAAAACUCCCCACAACCUAAUUUCUACGCCGGCAGACCAUUGAUGUGCAAAGUAUCCACUGAACAAGUACUACGUCGCUGUGGAGCCAACCCGCUCAUAGGUGGAGUAGGCAUUCUUCCAUCUCCCCCGAUUCCGAUUGAUACCGACGUCGAUGAGGGUGGGCGUGACAGUAUAACCCCUCAUCACGGCUCUAUGGAUCCCUUAGUAGCUGGUACAUUCUCUCCGGGUGGGUCUGACUCCGGUGGUAGCGAUAGUGGCGUGGAGUGUGGCCAGACUCCCAGUCGGGGACCUUCCUUAUUCUACAGUCUAUUUCGGAACAUGAACCGCGAAAAGGAAACUACGAACGAUGGCAUGAUUUUCAAUGGGACCUCGAAAAUGGACACAUCGCCGCCACCAUCGAACCAACCAGCCUUAAAAAUGUCUUCAGCAGGUAGAGGAACAGGCGGUAGUGCAGGCUUAGGCGAGAGAGGGUCACACAAAAUGUCGUUCUCAUUCCUCGAUGAGGACAACCCACUAUGCUCGCCGUUCUUGAUGGAUCUUUGUAACGACGACUACAGCAUGGAUGAACCCCUGGGCGGUGACUUUCUUCAGGAGAAUGAAAUAACAAAAGUUCUAAAUGGAUGGCCACCAGCCAAUGCGGCGACCUAGAAAUGAUAAUUCUUUGGCGAAAUGUAUAAGGAACGGUAAAAACCAAUUUAAAUUUAAGAGUAAAGCAACACAUAUUUAUAUACAGUGGACUUCUCGUUAAUUUUUGGCAAUAGUUUUUUUUUAAUUUGUUCACGUUCAGUUCUUCCCCCAGUCCAAGUAACGAGAUGAAAAAAUAAAUUAUCAAAUAGAAAAUCAUAAAUAUGAAAAUAAAAAGGAAUAAAAGUGUUAAAGGAUCAUAAAGCGCUGAAAGAGAAUAAAAAUCUAUAAAUAUACCACUCAGGAUUGUUGACUUCUAGGAUUUGUUUUAUUUUUUUUUUUAAUUUCAUUUGACAAUACUUUUCCAAAUUCAUCGAAAACAUUUACUUCUAAUAACAAACUUUCUGCAUUUAAAACAAUGUCAACUGUUUUUACUAUUUUUGGAGUAUUUUUUACUAAAAAGGAGGCUGGGAGGGGGUGAACAAAUUUAUGUUGGGACAGAACAACGUUUCGAAUAAAGUUAAUCGUAAAUAAAAGCAAAAUGAGGGAUAACGAGAAGUUUAGAGUUUAGCCUAUGUUAAAGUUUAUACAGAAUUGUUUGAGUUAGUUUCAGUAAAGGAAAGUUAAAAUAGAAGAAGUUAUUCAAAACGGGAAUAGAAUUUGAUUACAUCAAAAAUCAAGUAAUCCAACAAAAAGUUAUUCCUUUAAUUUCAACAAUAUAAAAUGUUUGUUUGUAGUUUUUAAGCAAUUUUUGGAGCUGCCUAAUAAAUAUAAAUACAUUAUACAUAAAUAAACAUAAAUGAAAAUAAAAAUGAAAAAAAAAAUAAAUAAAAAAUAAUUAGAUUUUAUGUUAAGGUAAAUUGACAAGUUUUGUGCAUAUAAAUAUUUUUAGAGUACGUUUUUCAUUUGUUUUCCAUCAAUUUAAUAGAAGAAGUAGUUUGCAAUGAGUUCCGGGGAAAUUAUAGAUUUAUUUUUUAAACAAAAGAAAGUGCAAACAGAGCGACCUCUACAAAAAAAAUUAAAGUUGUUCUCAAAUUAACAUUAAAAUUCAAGUUUUUAUUUUAUUUUUUUCUAUUUUUUUGCUGGUGAAGGACAUUCAAAAUGGACAAACCAUUUUAUUAAAAGCAUUUUUUUU